AUCGAAAAGUAUCGAGUGUGUACUUGUAUUUACUCGUAUCGUUUCAUUCCUAACAGAAUUUGGUUUUAAAAUCUAAUAUUUUAAACUCUGGAAUGGCGAAAAUGGCUUUUCAACAUCAGGCCGGUACGGCCAUGGAGUGCUUAAGUAUUCCAAUAACGCUUCAUAAAGAAAAAGACUUUGACCGCGAAGGGCGUGAAAUACUAAAGUGUGGAUUUAAAAUAGGAGGUGGCAUAGACCAAGAUUUUAAGAAAAGCCCUCAAGGAUAUACCGACUAUGGUAUAUAUGUUACUGAAGUUCACGAGAAAAGUCCAGCGUCAAGAGCGGGUUUGCGUAUCCACGACAAAAUCUUACAGUGCAAUGGUUAUGAUUUUACAAUGGUUACUCAUAAAAAGGCAGUUAGCUACAUUCGGAAAAAUCCAGUUUUAAAUAUGCUCAUUGCAAGGAAAGGAGUAACUUCCACGUAACUGUUUACUUAAUUUUUCGACAAAAGGGGAGUACUGGGGUUUCCUUUUCUAUAUUCGCGCUUUUGUUUCGCUUAUUACGUCGGAAUGGGUGGGCCGAAAGUAAUAUUUGUCACAUAUACACGUUGCAAAAAAAUCAUUAUUUUAAGUAAAGGUACAUUUAUUGUCUAACAUUAACAAAUUUUAUAAAAGAAAAGAAUUGAAAUAACAUCAAUCUCGGACUCUGAAAUUGACAGCCAAAAGUAUGGGCCAUUUCCUCAACCUUUAAACAUCGUUAUCGACGUUACUGACUCCAUACAUUUAACGUUAAACGGCGGUUCAAGUAGCUAAAUAGCGGGGUUGGAGUUACUGCACCCACUACGCCUGCCGCCCGUUUAGCCAUCGCACAUACAGGAAAGAUUCCGCGAAGGGAAAAUUUUAGUAGACGGACGGCAAAUUCUAGAAAAAGGGGUGAUGAGGGGGGGUGGAAUAGGACCCCCUGAUUUCAAAACUACCCCCCUUUUUUCUAGCAACCCUAUAGUUCUUAUAUAAUUUAUUGUUAAAGUUUUCAUAUAAACGAUGAAUAAGAUAGCAAAAUAACAUACAACUUAGUGCUACCAGACUGGCAUUUUGAAUAAUAUUA